GUGGGGUGAUAGUAGGGAGCCGGGAAAGGGCCCGCCCGCUCGGGCUCGCACUCUCAGGCGUGCCGGUUCUCCGCUCAGAGGAGCGCCGCUUCCUCCUUCCCCUCCCUCGCCGAGGCCGGCGCCAUGGCGGGAGGCUGCGGGCCUGCCCGCUGCUCGCCGCGCCGCGCUGCCUGAGCGAGUGGCCGCCGCCCCCGCCGCCUCAGGCUGCGGCUUGCGGGUCUCGUCCCGGCACCGGCAGGAAAAGCCAAAAGUUCGCCUUGCCCCGAGCUGAGCUGCUGGCUGCUCCCGAAGCUGCGGAAGGAAGGGGGGUACAGAGGGGCUCUCCUUGCAUUUCAUGUUUCGUCAUUCUGACAGCAUUUUGGCUUUGAUUCCAUCUUGCUCCUACCUGUUCCUGAACAGUGACGGGGAGAAGAGGCCCCGUCCCACCAUGUCUCGUUACAGCCUCCAUAACCUCCUGGACUGGAUGUAUGGGGGUGUGGACCCCAGCUUUGCUGGCAACGGAGGGCCAGAAUGCGCGGCCUUUCUCUCUGGGCAGCAGCGCUUUCUGGAGAGUUUGGUUUUCCUCACUGUGGGCUUUGUGGAGAUCCUUCUGUCCCUGUGGAAGCUCCGGCAGCUGCACUUCAGGGAGCUGGAGGGUCACCUUCUGCAGCAGCCCCAGACUAAGCAGGAGAGCUUGGGCAAGAACAUGCUGCUGGUUGUGGUCUGUCUCAUCUUUGGGCUGGAGGUGGGGUUCAAGUUUGCCACGAGGACCGUCAUUUAUCUCCUGAAUCCCUGUCAUGUGGUCACUAUGAUGCAGAUUUUCCUCCUUGCCUGUCCCCCGUGUCGGGUUGCAAUGAUCCUCUUCAGGUUGCAGAUGCACAUGCUGAAUGGGGCCCUCCUGGCGCUGCUGUUCCCUGUCGUUAAUACUCGCCUGCUUCCAUUUGAAAUGGAGAUUUAUUAUAUCCAGCAUGUGAUGCUUUAUGUUGUGCCCAUCUAUCUGCUGCGGAAAGGAGGUAUCUACACUCCAGAACAUCUCUGCAAUUUCUGGUGGGCUCUUUUAUCCACGGGGUUUAUGUUUGUGUAUCAUUUUAGCAUCUUGCAGAUUCUGGGAUUGGUUACAGAAGUGAAUUUGAACAACAUGUUGUGCCCAGCCGUCUCAGACCCUUUUUAUGGGCCCUGGUAUCGAAUCUGGGCAUCUGGACAUCAGACUGUCAUGACCAUGACUCAUGGGAAGCUUGUAAUCCUACUGUUUCACAGUGCUGUCCCCAUCUUUAAAUAUAGCAUGGACUUGCUUAGACUUCCAGCUAAGAAAAUAGACUGAAACUUCUCCCCAUGGAGUAGUACAUACAGGAAGCAGAGAUACUUAUACUGGAAACAAAGAGGAGGGACAAGAGGACAAUGUGUUUAUAUUUCUCCCCACAGUUUAUUGCCUCAAAACCACCUCUGUAAUCAAGUGAGGGUUUUUUUUAACUGCUGUUUCUCACUGCCUAUUGCCAGUGGCAAAAUUAGUGGCCUUAUUCUGGAAAAGGUUCAUGUUUUAUACAUUUUUGUGUAGGUUGCAGUAGAAUCUUGCUCAACCACCGUUUAAAAUUAGGCCAGGAUCUGUCCACAUUCCAGCAAAGAGAGUGGCAGUGCUACCUCGUUUUGACUUGUUUUCCAUUCAGUAUAAGUACACUUGUAUCACAGGAUAGGAAAUGAAGCUGAAUUGCAACAGUCCCCUGAUGUGAACAGAACACAUGGUGACAUGCUUCAUCCAGACUUAACUCAGUGCUUGGGGCUUGCAGAGGAUCCCAGUGAAAUGAUGUACACUUAUUGUCCCAGCCCUAAGUGCAAACCAGAGAGGUUCUACUGUAUUUUCUUUAAGCUGGUUGAAAAUGUUGGGGAUCAAGAACUCCUUCAAAAAUUUCUCUUUUUCAUGUUUUGAAUCAACUUCUUCAUUUGUGAGCUACUGUGGAUGAAUAUCUGGCUAAGUCUCAUCAGAUGUUGAUGCUUUGGAGAUACUGUCAUUUGAGUGAGUGGAAAAGCACCACAUGGAAAUAAUUUCAAAAGAUCCCGUUACAUAUACGCUGUUACAAGUUAUUUCAUCCACUGUUGGGGCCUGACUUGGAACAACAUGGUUUUUUCACUUAGCUUAGACUGGAGAGGGAGUGGAGAUAGGAAGUCAAAUGUAACCAUCACUUUUUUGUUACUUAAAAGCUUUGAAAGGGUUCCUCCUCUGUGUUUGAGGUUGGGAAUGAACCCUUCCAUUCCUACACUCCCUAAGCAGAGUGGUUAGUGAAGAAACAAAUUGAAACUGUGUUCCCUCUCUACAGCUCAAAUACAUUGUGUACACUGAUUUUAAAAUAUGGCUAUAGACAGGGAGGUCAAAUCAGUGCAGGUCUCUGACAAGAAAGUGCUCUAAUUUACUAGUGUGACUAAAUCUUCCUGGUAACAUCUCUUGGGGAACAGGAUCUAGAUAGGCAGAAUGGUAAAUAAUAAACCACGUGAAGCUGCUCAAAUUUUCCAAGGCUACAGGAAAACCUGUUGGGCAGAAAGAUGGGAAGUCUUGAGUGUGUUCCUCCAGAUGGUUAAUUGUGUCUGUUACACAGACUGUUGUGUUGCAGGGCUGCAGGAAUUCUGUUGUACAAAAGUUUGUUGUGAUUUAUGGAUUCAUUGUGUUGUCAAAGCUGUGACUUGUAAGAUAAAACCAUCAUACCUCCUCCAGCUGGAUCACCUGAAGACAUAUUCUGAAGUUAAGGUACAGUCAUUGAUACCUCAAAAGGGCAAAGUGAGAAUAAGAAGUGAUAUUUUGGUUUUCGCCUUAAACAAGAAACAUUUCCCCUGGAAUGGAACAAAUGGCUGUUUCAAAUGUCUUUAUUCCAGAUGAUGAAAAGAAACUACAUCUCCAUCAGAAAUAUAUCACCCCACGUUAGAUGUUGUCCCUCAUUGCAAUUCCCAAACUGGUUGCUGGCUUUCUUCCAUGCCAUGCUGUGUAUAUAUGCACAUAAUCAAUAUGCUCUACCCUCACAACUUGAGAACAUGCCACAUAGACCCAAACUACCCUUCAGACACUUCUCUGGAGUCUUGGUUACACAGACUGCACAGCUCCUUAUGGUUUUAAUCGGAAUUCAACUUGAGAAAGCGGAGCACCUGCUAGUGAAAACUACCAGUGUACUGAGUUCCCUGUCAGUUGUUGAUCCUGCACGUGCCUGAGUUCAUAAUGAAUUUCAUCAAGUCUCACCAGUGCCUGGGUACAGCUGGUGCAUCUUGCUGCAGUGUUUGAAGCUGUGUUGGUAUUGAAGGCCUGGCUGUGUCUCUGGAAGCUCACUUAAUUAGCUGCUGAAGGGAUGGAAGUUGUGCUCUUUGUUGCAGCAGAUUCAGUAUUUCCUGAUGAAAUGCAGGACAUUGCUGGGAGAUGCCCAGGCACGGUGCUGGAUGUUAGAGUGCCCCUAUUAAUACACUUCAUCUCCUGUGAAUGGCUGAAUGAAAUGUAAGUGAUUCUUCCCUCCCCACAGUUACUGUCAAGUGUCUCAUGGGUUAUCUAUUUACUUAAGAAUGUCAUGAAAUCCCUUCUGUUGGUUUCAGUGCUGUUGAGCAGGAGUGUUUGGUAUUGCAAUAGAAUGACUUGAACCAAAUUUUGCAAAUGCUAUUUGGUAGUAUGAACCUUACUUAGGGUUUGGUUUUGAAGAGGAGUCUUUCCUGUUUAUUUUUUCUUCAGAAUAUUGAACCUACUGGAAAAAUUUCUGAGUUAUGUGAAAGUAGGAACAGAACAUUUCCUAUCUAUAGUGAUAUGCUUCAGGGCAUUCUAAACCAGUUCAAACCAGCUGCUUUUGCCACCAUUGGCUGCCUCUGGUCAACUAAGACUGCAGAAGCAUUUAACUAAGUGCAGGUGUUUUGCUUGGAAGGCAGGAUAUGUGAGCUCUUCUGACUGACUCAAGUAGCAGGAAGGGCAAUGGUAAAUAUAGCCAACAGGAGGGAAAUCCCUGGGGCAGCUGGGACAAAGGGUUCUUGGUGUAGUUGUAUUCCUUGUACUGUUGUCUUUGACAGCAAGGCCACUGUCUGUGAUUGCUCCCACCUUCCCUGCAUCCUGGAUGUCUGUCACUGUGCUGAGACCUGUUAACACUGGUUCUGUUGUUUUGAGUCACUCUAUUAAUUUCAGACCCAGUUUCACAACGUGGAGUAUGCUGACAGAACUGCUCAUGAAAGCCAAUGGGACAGUCAUAUUCCCUUCCAAACCUUACCUGUGCAGCUUCUCCAGCUCUGCUAUGCUAAUUUAAGUUGCUGAUAUGGCUAAAUGCAAAAGAAGCACUAGCAAACCCACUGCUGUGCUCAGUCAGGAGUUCAGUAUUGGAGCUGCUGUAAGACAGCUGAAUGUUGCAACCAGAGUCAGGUGGGAGGGAAGGCAGAGGACUGUUCACUCUUCUUGAUGGUGAACUGCUGCUUCUUUGCUUCUGUAUAGCAUCAGUGAAGCUGCCUGAGCCAGAGUGGAACCUCUGAGGUUGGAAAAGACCCUUAAGGUCGUAUUCACCCAGUACUGCCACAGCCACCACUAACUCAUGUCCCUCAGUGCCACAGCUACACAGCUUUGGGAUCUCUCCAGGGAUGGGAGCCUGGCACAGGGCUUAACAGCCCUUUUGGGGGAGAAAUUUUUCUGAUCUAAACCUUGCCUAGAGCAAUUUGAGGCAGUUUCCUCUUGUCCUAUCAUUCAUUACUUGAGGGAAGAGACAGAUCCCCACCUCACUACAACCUGUUCUCCAGGCUGAACACCCCUAUUCCCUCAGCUGCUCCCCACCACACUUGUGCUCCAGCCCCUUCCCCAGCACCGGUGCCCAGCACUGGACACGCUACAGCCCCUCUGUGUCUUUCCUGUACUGAGGUUCCUGAGAGUUUAACUUACUCCCUCCUUCCCCAUGUCUCUUUUUGAAGGAUCUUUAAACUCAACAUUUUGGUUUGGUUUAUGGUACGGUGCCACAAGAAACUGUUUCAGCAAAACUGAGACACAGACAGGGAUGAAGAACAGGUCAGAAUGGGAGCAGAAAGGUAACAAACUCCUGAAGCUAAUGGCUUGGCACUUCCUUUAUCCCUCAGCUAUCUCUGGUAUCUGUUUGGGAUAGGCAUCAGACAGAGCUUGCAGGAGAUGGGUUGGACUGGGAGAGCAGGAUACUUCAUCUCCAUGGGGGUUGUUUAUUCUCUUCCUGGCAGAGGCUCAUUUGCUUUUCCUGAAUGCUUUAUUUUAUAGGCAGUUAUAUGGAUGAUUUAUUUGGUUCCUUUUAUGCUUAUUUAUGCUGGAAAUUUAAAGAGCAAAACUGUCCUGCUGUUCUUGAAAGCUAAUUGGAAUUCUUUUCCAUGGUAUUAUAUACACAGUCCACAUCAAGACAACUUGAAGCUGUUGCCUGGUACCUGAGAUGAGAUUUUACAUCGCAGCAGUGCUGUGCAGAACUGAAAGGGCCGUCCUGGUCCUCCCAGGUCAAAUGGUCCCAGGUCAUUUGUCUCAGUACUGACAGUUAUGAAAACAUCAGCAAUAGCUAUGGGGUAGAGUUCCUUUCAGUGGGAACCUACACUGACUGUAACAUCUCACCCUGAGGGGACUGGUUUGCAAACUGAGCACAACAGCAGAAAAAAUUCUUGUGCAGUGCUAAUGCUGAGACUGAAGAGAGUGAAGCUGGUGUGUACUGAAGUGCCUGAACAGAGCCCUGUCCUCUCCUCAUGUUUAGUACUGAUGGGCACUGCAACCACAAGAAACAAGGAGUGAUAAAAGUGAUUACUUUCUGCUGGUGAAUGGUUGUCUGAGUUUUCUUCUAAGUGUACACAUAAAUGAAGCAUUUUUGUAACUGAAACGGAGUUGUUUACUGAUGGGUUUGUGUGUGCAGCCUUAGAGUUAAGUGGCCCUCCAAAGCAGGAAAGUGAGCUAGUAAAAUUUCUGUACCCACUGUAACAUCUGGUAAUUCCACCUGUGACUUGUGAGGUGAUUGUGCCAAGGCUCUUGCUGUCCAGGAUAGCUGCAGUGCUAUUUGUCAAGGACUCAGGCACAGUAGGCAGUGUUUGAGCUGGAUCCAUUUGUGUAAUUUCCUCCUAUUAAGCGCUGAACAAUUUGCAUCCUAUUUCUUUUGAAGGGUGAAAAUUGUGACCAUGGGGCUUGUGUCAAUGAAAGAAGAGCCACAGUCCAUGUCCACACACCUAUGCUGGGUUUAGGUUCAGCUUCUUAGGGCUUGGCAAGUGCUGGUUAUAAGCAAACCCUACUCAUACUUAAGCAGAUGUUGCUUCACUGAAGGUGGGAGAUGGGAAGUCAGUCCAUUUGCAUUUCUCCAUCUAUUUCUGGCCACAACCAGGGGUUUGAUAUUUCUGUAUAUUUGAUAGCAUUUUGUAAAGUCCAGUUGGAUUUUUCUUUCAGAAAUGGCUAUUUGCAACUGUUAAAUUCCUGUACCUUGUAAGUCCUGCCUCCAGAGCACAGGCCUUUGUUUUCUGUGCAUCUGUAGGUAAUGGGAAAUACAGACGUGCCGUUUUCCUCACUCGUGCAAUUGUUUCACUAGAGGCAGAUUCUUAGGAAUGAAAUUCGUUGUAAUGGUUAACAAAGCUCUGAAAAGGCCAAAAACCCAGAAGAGGGCAUUCCUCAGCCCUGGGAGGAGGUGAGUUUUCUACAGGCAGACAGGUCCAUGUGGACAUUUUCAUUUUUCCAGUGACAAGCCUCAUAAAUCUGUUGCUUCUUGUGAUCUCGUGCUCAGUGAUAGUGCUGUAAAUCUGUCUCACAGCUUUUAGUGUGACUGGGGCAAAGACAAGCUGGGGUUUUUUAAAACCAAAUUUCUUUUUCUUCAGGGUCAAUUUUGUACUUUUUCCAAAGGAUUUCUGUGUCUCCUGAGUCCUUAUCUCCAUGCUGCAGAGGAUGCAGCAGGCAGAUACAUGAGCGCUGCCACCCCACUCACCCUCCAGGCUGUGCUGGGGAGCUGGGGCUGCUCAGGCACUGAGCACAAAGCUGUUUGGGAACUUGCAGUUCCAGUUGCUCAACCCUCCCGUUCAAGGUUGUCAUUGUCCAGGCACAGAAGAGCAGGGCAAGGGCAGGGGUGGCUGUGGAGAGGCUCAGCUGCCAGAUGCUGAUAGUUCUGAAGGCUUUGUAAGAGUGUUAUAGAUUUUGUAAACUUUUUAACGUGCUCCAGCUUGGUUCUGAGGUAACAUUUACAAACAAGGGGUCAUUUCUGUACUUGUUUUUGUAUUUUGAUGAUUCUUUUUUCAUUGUUGUGCCCCAAGUUCAUAGAUUUGGGCAAAUAAUUGUUAAACUUUGAAUCAAAUAAAUGCAUU